AUGACAAUAAAGGAAGUAUUCAGAUUAGAUCCUUUGAACUAUAUUACAUUACCAUCAUUCGCAUUUGAUAUGGCAAAAAAGAUGACUAAGGUCAAGCUCGAAUUAUUCCAUAAAGCAAAAGCAAAUUUUCUUAGAAUGAAAGGCUAUAAUAAACAUAAGACAAAUAAAUGGCUCCUAUAUUUAGAUGCGAAUAAUUUAUACGAAUGGGCUAUAUCACAAUAUUUACCGACAGGAGGAUUCUGGUGGCUUGACCUAGACAAACUGCCAGAUAUACGAUCUAUAUCACCAACUGCAAAACAAGGCAGUGCUUGA